UUAGUUAUUAUGCAGAGAAGGAAAAAGAAAAGAAGUGCAAGAAAUUUGAACUAUAGGUGAAUUAUUGGUGAAUGGGGUUGGCAGUGAAAGUUUAGUACACCAAGGACCACUGCAAUAACAUUCUUCAAAGUGGAUGGAUACAAGAAAUAAUGAUGAUGAUAAUCUUUGUACAGAUGAUUGUGAUCAAGAAUCAGGGUUGAAGGAUGAAGAAUCAGCAAAGGCAGAUAAAUGGAAAAAGCAUUACUCAUCAAAGCAUAAGAUUCUCCUUGUUGGGGAGGGUGACUUUUCUUUUUCUCUGUGUUUGGCCAGGGCUUUUGGUUCUGCCCACAACCUCGUUGCCACUUCCCUUGAUUCCCAUGGUGACAUUGGGAAGAAGUACUGUAAUGGAGUCAGCAAUGUGCUGGAACUUGAAGAAAGAGGCUGCCGUGUUUUUCACGGGGUUGAUGCCAAGGAAAUGAGUAAUCAUUUUUUUCUCAAGACUCAGAGGUUCGAUCGCAUUGUGUAUAACUUCCCACAUGUUGGCUUUAUAUACCCAGAGAAUAGCCACUGCCAGAUCCAGUUGAACAAAAGGUUGCUGAAGAGUUUUUUGGCAAAUGCCAAGGCUCUGUUAAAGAAGGACGAUGGGGAGAUUCAUGUUACACAGAAAGAGGGAGAUCCAUACAACAAAUGGGAUCUGGUGAAGAAGGCAGAAAAGAAAGGGCUGACCUUGCUACACGUUGAGCCAUUCUUAAAGGAUGAGUAUGCUGGUUAUGACAACAAGAGAGCCCAUGGAAAAUUAUCUGAUGCAUCUUUCCCUGUUGGGGAAGCUAGUACUUACAAGUUCAAGCUCCUAACAUCUAACACUCACUAAUAGUAACAUAAUGCCAAUCUUGGAUUUGCAUCUUCUGUAAAUAUAUGGAUCAAGCCAGAGUAUUGCAAAAAACCCAGAGAAUAAGAACAUUUGGGUUAUGUGCUAAAUCAACUCCAAGUAAAAUUGUUGAAAUUGACUCUGUAUGUCUGCUUUUCUUUUCAAAUUCAAACUAGUGCUGGUUAUUUCAAAAUCUUCAGCGUAAGCAAAAAAAAAAAUAGAAUUUUUAACUUCAAUCUUAUGUUAAACAAGUUACUUGCAUAUAUACACUGAAUAAGCCAUGCAAAAAGAUAGUUUCAAUCAGUAGUGAAGGUUUUUGAGCUAGCAAGUUGGUUUAAAGACGGUGAUAGUCAAACUUGGCGAGCAUAUAAAAGUUGAGGACUAGUGUGUGUAACAGACAAACUGUGCCCACAUUCAAGUUAGAGAUAGGCAUCAAUAGUUAAAUAUCAAGAGACAAGUUGUAGAAUCCGCCGCGUUUUGCCCAUAGUACUGUCCAAAGUGAACUUGCUAUAAAUUAGGUUUGCGUGUAGAAUGGAAAUGUAUCAGCAAGGUAGAAAAAAUGGUGAGAAAAGCAGCUUUUGUCAUUGCUGUUUCAUGGCUCUUUCUGGUGACAUUCAUAGUCGUUUCAGCCACUGUGGACAAUCCAAAGGGUCAUCCCCCAACUUCUAAGCAUAUC